AUGAACCACAUUUUGAGAUAUGGAUCGAUUGACAGAAUUCCAAUGUAUAAUUGCAGCGCUAGGACUCCAAGUCAAUGGACACUUGAAACUGGGGAACCUCAACCAAUUAUUGGUCCCCUACAAGUUGCUUAUGGAAUUAUCGUAUUGACACUUUACAUUCCGAUUGCAUUAAUCAUGCUUGAGAAGGAAAAUUAUAAACUGACAUCGUUCAAAAUUAUGUUCCAAUUGGCAAUCACUGAUAUUAUUGGUAUUUCCAUAAAUUCCGUACUGACAGGAAUAUUAGCAAUCCAGGGAGCUGUUUUUUGCACAUAUCCGACUUUCAUUUAUCUGUCAGGCUUAUUUGUUAUGUGUCUUUGGUGUUUGACAUGUUUGACAUCAUUAAUUCUUGUUUGCAAUCGGCUGCUGAUUUUCUUCAAUCCAAAUAUUGAAGCACAACUAUUUGAAGGAAGGAAAACGUUUAUUAUUCUGGGGUUUUCACUUGUCUAUGGCGGUUAUUUCCUGUUCACCACCCCGCAUGUCUACAAUUCUAAACAUCUUGCGUGGUUUUUCGAUCCGAUGAUUUUUCCCGGCAGGGCUCAUGAUUAUGAUAAUUUUUCGCACGCGUUCAACAAUUUCUCAAUCGUCGCAAUUACGUGUGUAUUGUACAUCCCAUUUUAUGAAAUUGUCAGGAAAAGGCUCAAGGAUGCUCACUCACAUUCACGGGCUCAAAAUAUGAAACUCCAAGUUUUCAUCCAAUCUGUUCUUAUAUGUAUUGCCACCCAAAUCGCUAGUAUCAUUUAUGUAUUCAUGAAUUUAUUCAAAGUUUCAACGUGUGUAAUUCUCAUUGGACAUGCUCUAUGGCAAUUUGUUCAAGGAGCACCUGUAUUCAUUUACAUUGGGCUCAAUGAACAAAUUCGCAAACGAUUUUUUCAAUUGCUAAGGUGCCAUGGGAACGGAGUUGGGUCUUCUGUACGAUUUGUAGCGAAUCCGUCUGUAUUUUCAUGA